AUGUCUAUUAAGCCCCUGCCCGAAGAUGUCACCCGCCGCAUGAGGUCGUCUGCCACCGUGACCUCCAUCAACGGUGUCGUCUGCGGCCUCAUCAAGAACUCCUUGGAUGCAGGUGCUACCAGACUCAAAAUCGCCAUAGACUACUCUCGUGGCAACUGCAUCGUCGAGGAUGAUGGUUCGGGCAUUUUACCCGUCGAAUUCCGAGAGACGGGCGGGCUUGGCAGACAGCACCACACAUCGAGAAACGCAACUGAAUAUGAGUCCCACGGCGCCAACGGCAACUUCCUCGCCUCGGUAGCUGCCCUGUCUCUCUUGACCAUCACCUCUCACCACCAUCUGCACAACUCGCAAAACUCACUCACCAUCCACAAUUCGCGUGUCUUGGCCCGUAACAUCCCCGCACUGCCAGAACAGCGUCUGGUCACUUUCAACCAUGGCACCCGUGUUACCGUUAGAGACCUUUUCGGCUCCAUGGCCGUUCGAGUCAAGCAGAGAGCUGCGGUCUCCGAGAAGGCCGCCGUCGACAGGGAAUGGAGUCGGUUGGUGCACGAUGUCGUUGCCAUCCUGUUGGCUUGGCCUUCUGACGUGGCCCUCUUCGUCCGAGACACCGUCAGCAACAACGAGACACACUUUAGGCCCACCGCCACCCCCAGGUCGGACAUAUUGACUCGUUCAUCACGCAUUCUGGCUCAGUCGGGUCUUGUGGACGGCUUGGGCCAAGCGCCCUGGACUCCCAUCGGAGCGUCUGUAGGAAAACUGAGCAUUCAAGGAUGCAUAUCCUUGAACCCGGCCGCCACCCGGCGAGCUCAGUUCAUCAGCUUCGGCAUCCACCCUGUGACUAACGAACAUGGGACAAAUAUCUUGUACAGCGAGGUUAAUCGUGUCUUCGCCAAAUCUGGUUUUACCAUGGAGGAGGAGGCAAAGGAGGAUGUGGCCAUUUCCAGCGAAUCGCCCCUGACAACAUGGGGCGCAUCUUCGGGCAAGAUUACCCGGUCAAAGCGUGGUUUGGAACGGUGGCCCAUGUUCUACUUUCGAAUCAGCUCUACUUCGCGAACACGCCCGCUUCUAAGCUACUCCAUUGAGGAUCUUCUUGAUGCCCGCAAUUGCACCCUUGCCGAUAUGAUCGACCUACUCAAGUUGGUCUGCUACGAGUUCUUGAAAAAGCACCACUUUCGUCCACACAAGGUCACCACUUCUCUUCGCGGGUCUUCGAAACACAAGCAAAAAGAUGGGCUCAGCGCAGCGUACCCGAGGGAAGAAGACAACCGGCCAUUGACGGCCUCGUUUCCAUCUAGCCGAUCCAACUCUGUCACGCCUAUAUCGAGAUCACAAUCUCCUUUUGAUCUGUGGCAACGAGUGAAAGUCGGACGAGUACUAGAAGGCAAGAGGAAAUCGGGUGCAUCGACUCCUACAUCAUCUCAAGCUUCCUGUGCAAAGGCCGCGACGCCUCUUUCAGAGGAGGACUUGGAAGGUACCGGGGCUUUACAGCCCAGCUUGCGAUUUCUUGACGAUUCGGGGAAUCUGUUGCGCAAACCCUUUGAAGACUUGGAUACAAAUUUCUUCUCCAAGGGGAAUGAGCCAAGAGAGCGCGGCUGCGUGCGUCCACUGAGCCCCGCCACCGACGAACAGGUCCAUUCACACCGUGAAACUUCGGGCCACACAACGGAUGGUGACCAAGUCUCGCCUUUGGAAGAGCCCUUAGGUGCAUCCCAAACGCCAAAAGACAUCGAACCAGAGCCUCUUUCCUCAUCCCAGUUCUUCGCAGCAAGCCGCAAUCAAUCACAGCGGCAGGAACCUAGCGGAUGGCUCAGAGGGCUGUUUUCUCAAUGGGAAAACCCAGUCUUCCAGCCUGCUGAGCCUCCCGUGCCUCGCCUUGACGAAGGGACAAUGGGAGGGCCCGACCGAGCAGCGAUUCAGUCCCUCGACCUGGACGCCGAGUGCUCCCAUGGAACCCACACGUCCAACAUCAAACUGUCCGGGCGCAUAUCCAAAGCUGCCCUGGCGGACGCGGAGGUGGUCUCGCAGGUUGACCAGAAGUUCAUUCUGGUAAAACUAAGACGAGAUCAGGUUUCCGGCAGCGGUCGACCUGACUCGCAGUCCAAUUCCGUUCUGGUCCUUGUGGAUCAGCACGCUGCUGAUGAGAGAUGCCGACUUGAAGCUUUGAUGCGUGACUACUUCCGUCCGGCGAAAGGGUCGGGAGAGGUGGUUGCAAAGACAGAAACGGUGCAGAAGCCUCUGCGAUUCGAGUUCUCGGCCAAAGAGUGCAAAAUGCUGCGCAAGUAUAAUCAUUAUUUUCGCCGAUGGGGUGUAUUCUAUGAGAUAGAGGAACCCGAGGAGGCUCAGUGGCGGCACAGGAGCAAACAGCUCUGCAAGGUGGACGUAACAGGUCUGCCACCGAGCAUUCUCGAGAGGUGCCGGUCAGAGCCGAGAUUGCUCGCCGAACUACUUCUGCAGGAGGUAUGGAGAGCAGAAGAAGGGGAAGUGCCGCCGGUUCGACCCUUGUCCCUCGCCAAUGGAGGCCUCGGUCACGAUGUUGACUGGGUGUCCAACUUUCACGGGUGUCCCCAAGGAAUUCUCGCCUUGCUCAACUCGAGAUCCUGUCGGAGCGCCAUCAUGUUUAACGAUGUUCUGUCCAAAGACGAAUGCGAGUCUCUUGUAUUGCGUCUCAGUCAAUGCUCGUUUCCUUUUCAAUGUGCGCAUGGGAGACCAUCCAUGGUGCCUCUGGUUGAUAUGAGAACGUUGAAUAUGAACCAGGAAUUACACCUAGACAGUUUUGGAAGCCGAUUAAAGCAAUCCGGCCUGACAAAGUAA